AUGUCGGCCCCCAGCGACACUCAAGCCACCGAGACUGCUGGUAGCGGUGGUUCCGAUGGGAGCGAGAGGGCCGUCGGAUUCGUUUGUCUGGGCGCGAUGGGUGGUGGCAUGGCGGCCGCUCUGGUGAAGCGAGGCUUUGCUGUGAAGGGUUACGAUGUGUACCCCCCCGCAUGUGAGAAGCUCAAAUCCGCGGGUGGUGCUGCUGCUGCCUCCGCAGGCGAUGCUGCUAAGGGAGCCGUGGUGCUGGUGCUGAUGAGAGGGGAAGAGAGAUGUAGAGAGGGGCAGAGAGGGGAAGAGAGGGGCAGAGAGGGGAAGAGAGGGGCAGAGAGGGGAAGAGAGGGGCAGAGAGGGGAAGAGAGGGGCAGAGAGGGGAAGAGAGGGGCAGAGAGGGGAAGAGAGGGGCAGAGGGUGCAUGAAGGAGCAGAGAAAGUGGCGGGGCACAGCAUUUGCGUGUCUGUAGAGCUCUUGCUUUCGUUUCCUUCUCAAUCACCCCAUUUCCGUGCCACAUCUCCUUUCCGUCACCCGCUCCUGCCGUCGUGCCCUCUUCUCCUCCCCCCUGCAGCUCUCCCUCCUGGUGCUGUUGUCAUUCUCUGCUCCACUGUCCCACCUGAAUUUGCACGCAGCCUCGGCACCAAGCUCUCAGCACAGGGCAAGGGGUGGGAGAUGGUGGAUGCACCGGUGUCAGGAGGAGUGGCACGUGCUGCAGACGGUACCCUCACUAUCAUGGCAGCUGCUACACCCGCUGCUCUUUCCAAGGCACAGCCAGUGCUGGAAGAUCCUAUUCUAACAUCCCCUCACCAUCCCCUCUCUUCCCCCCCUCCCCCCCCUCCCCCCUCUCCCCUUUUUCCAACCCCCUCUCUCCCUGCGGCAGCCAUGAGUGCAAAGCUGUACAUAGUGGGUGAUACCCCGGGCGCAGGCAGCGCGGUGAAGAUGGUGAAUCAGCUGCUGGCAGGGGUGCACAUCGCGGCAGCAGCGGAGGCCAUGGCACUGGGGGCCAGGGCAGGGCUGAACGCGCGCAUGGUGUUCGAUAUCAUCUCACAUGCCGCUGGCAACUCCUGGAUGUUUGAGAACAGAGUGCCACACAUGCUGGACAGCGACUACACGCCCCGCUCCGCGCUCAACAUCUUUGUCAAGGACCUGGGCAUUGUGUUGGGCGAGGCACAGUCGCUCGCGUUCCCUCUGCCCCUGGCAGCAGCAGCACACCAGCAGUUCCUGGCUGGUGCAGCAGCAGGGCUGGGCAGGGAGGAUGAUGCUGCCGUGGUCAAGGUCUAUGAGCGCCUGGCAGGAGUAACAGUCGCUUCCGCCCUCCCUGGCAGGGGGGAGGGCAGGGGGGGAGGGCAAGGGGGGAGGGCAAGGGGGGAGGGCAAGGGGGGAGGGCAGGGGGGAGGGCAAGGGGGGAGGGCAAGGGGGGAGGGCAGGGGGGAGGGCAAGGGGGGAGGGCAAGGGGGGAGGGCAAGGGGGGAGGGCAAGGGGGGAGGGCAAGGGGGGAGGGCAAGGGGGGAGGGCAAGGGGGGAGGGCAGGGGGGAGGGCAAGGGGGGAGGGCAAGGGGGGAGGGCAAGGGGGGAGGGCAAGGGGGGAGGGCAGGGGGGGAGGGCAAGGGGGGGAGGGCAAGGGGGGAGGGCAAGGGGGGAGGGCAAGGGGGGAGGGCAGGGGGGAGGGCAGGGGGGGAGGGCAGGGGGGGAGGGCAAGGGGGGAGGGCAAGGGGGGAGGGCAAGGGGGGAGGGCAGGGGGGGGCAAGGGGGGAGGGCAGGGGGGAGGGCAAGGGGGGAGGGCAAGGGGGGAGGGCAAGGGGGGAGGGCAAGGGGGGAGGGCAAGGGGGGAGGGCAAGGGGGAGGGCAAGGGGGGAGGGCAAGGGGGAGGGCAAGGGGGGAGGGCAAGGGGGGAGGGCAAGGGGGGAGGGCAAGGGGGGAGGGCAGGGGGGAGGGCAAGGGGGGAGGGCAAGGGGGGAGGGCAAGGGGGAGGGCAAGGGGGGAGGGCAAGGGGGGAGGGCAAGGGGGGAGGGCAAGGGGGGGAGGGCAGGGGGGAGGGCAGGGGGGGAGGGCAGGGGGGGAGGGCAAGGGGGGAGGGCAAGGGGGGAGGGCAAGGGGGGAGGGCAAGGGGGGAGGGCAGGGGGGAGGGCAGGGGGGGAGGGCAAGGGGGAGGCAGGGGGAGGGCAAGGGGGGAGGGCAAGGGGGGAGGGCAAGGGGGGAGGGCAAGGGGGGAGGGCAAGGGGGGGAGGGCAAGGGGGGAGGGCAAGGGGGGAGGGCAAGGGGGGAGGGCAGGGGGGAGGGGCCAAGGGGGGAGGGCAAGGGGGGAGGGCAAGGGGGGAGGGCAGGGGGGAGGGCAAGGGGGGGAGGGGCAGGGGGGAGGGCAAGGGGGGAGGGCAAGGGGGGAGGGCAAGGGGGGAGGGCAGGGGGGAGGGCAGGGGGGGAGGGCAGGGGGGAGGGCAAGGGGGGAGGGCAAGGGGGGAGGGCAAGGGGGGAGGGCAAGGGGGGAGGGCAAGGGGGGAGGGCAAGGGGGGAGGGCAAGGGGGGAGGGCAAGGGGGGGAGGGCAAGGGGGGAGGGCAAGGGGGGAGGGCAAGGGGGGAGGGCAAGGGGGGAGGGCAAGGGGGGAGGGCAAGGGGGGAGGGCAAGGGGGGAGGGCAAGGGGGGAGGGCAAGGGGGGAGGGCAAGGGGGGGGGAGGGCAAGGGGGGAGGGCAAGGGGGGAGGGCAAGGGGGAGGGCAAGGGGGGAGGGCAAGGGGGGAGGGCAAGGGGGGAGGGCAAGGGGGGAGGGCAGGGGGGGAGGGCAGGGGGGAGGGCAAGGGGGGAGGGCAAGGGGGGAGGGCAAGGGGGGAGGGCAAGGGGGGAGGGCAGGGGGGAGGGCAGGGGGGAGGGCAGGGGGGGAGGGCAAGGGGGAGGGCAAGGGGGGAGGGCAAGGGGGGAGGGCAAGGGGGGAGGGCAAGGGGGGAGGGCAAGGGGGGAGGGCAAGGGGGGAGGGCAAGGGGGGAGGGCAAGGGGGGAGGGCAAGGGGGGAGGGCAAGGGGGAGGGAAGGGGGGAGGGAAGGGGGGGAGGGCAGGGGGGGAGGGCAAGGGGGGAGGGCAAGGGGGAGGGCAAGGGGGGAGGGCAAGGGGGUGAGGGCAGGGGGGAGGGCAGGGGGGGAGGGCAAGGGGGGAGGGCAAGGGGGGAGGGCAAGGGGGGAGGGCAAGGGGGAGGGCAAGGGGGAGGGCAAGGGGGAGGGCAGGGGGAGGGCAGGGGGGAGGGCAGGGGGGGAGGGCAAGGGGGGAGGGCCAAGGGGGAGGCAAGGGGGAGGGCAAGGGGGGAGGGCAGGGGGGAGGGCAAGGGGGGAGGGCAAGGGGGAGGGCAAGGGGGGAGGGCAAGGGGGAGGGCAAGGGGGGAGGGCAAGGGGGGAGGGCAAGGGGGGAGGCAAGGGGGGAGGGCAAGGGGGGAGGGCAAGGGGGGAGGGCAAGGGGGUGAGGGCAGGGGGGAGGGCAGGGGGGAGGGCAGGGGGGGAGGGGCAAGGGGGGAGGGCAAGGGGGGAGGGCAAGGGGGAGGGCAAGGGGGGAGGGCAAGGGGGAGGGGCAAGGGGGGAGGGCAAGGGGGGAGGGCAAGGGGGAGGGCAAGGGGGAGGGCAAGGGGGGGAGGGCAAGGGGGGAGGGCAAGGGGGGAGGGCAAGGGGGGAGGGCAAGGGGGCGGUGCUGCCAGUGGUGGUGGUUCUGGAUGAUGAUCCCACGGGCACUCAAACUGUGCAUGGCCUGCACGUGCUCACCACGUGGGACGUGCAAACACUCCAGGCGGAGAUGGCAGCACUGGCGCACACCCCCAAUGCCGCCUUCUUCAUUCUCACCAACUCCCGCGCGCUGCCCACGCAGCAGGCAGCAGCUCUCACACGCACCAUCUGCAGCAACGUCGUGACAGCAGCCCAGCAGGCAGGGAUUCUCAGCAGUGGUAGCAAGGACCCGGGCUGUAGAGGCAUCACACUCAUUCUCCGAGGGGACUCCACCCUGCGAGGCCACUUCCCCCAGGAGGUAGAGGCAGCGGAGGCAGCGUUGGGAGCAGCAGUGGAUGCGUGGGUUGUGUGUCCUUUCUUCCUGGAGGGAGGGCGCUACACCAUCAAUGACACACACUAUGUGGCCGAUGGGGCCGACAGGCUGGUGCCGGCUGCACAGACGGAGUUUGCCAAAGAUGCUGCCUUCGGGUAUUCACACUCCAACCUCAAACAGUGGGUGGAGGAGAAGACAGGAGGUGCCAGGUCAGCAGCUGACGUGACAUCCAUCUCCAUCUCGACCAUCAGGGAGGGCGGCCCCUCUGCCGUCCUUAAAGCCCUCAUGGCGCUGCCCAAGGGCAGUGUGUGCAUCUUGAACGCAGCGAGUGACAGCGACUUGCACGUGGCAACAGCAGCCCUAAGAUACGCAGAGGCAGCUGGCCGCUCCUUCCUCGUGCGCUCUGCCGCUUCCUUCAUCUCCUCCCUCCUCUCCCUCCCCAAACUGCACCCGCUUGGUCCCCCUGAGUGGGCGCAGCUGCUGCUGGGGGGAGGGGCGGGGGGGGAUUCUAGAGGAGCUGCUGUCCUGCCUGGGCUCGUCCUUACACGUGAUUCAGGCAAGCUGGAAGGCGGGCAUGUCAACGCUGCUGACGUGGCAUCUGACAGCUGGCAGGGGGAGAGGAGGGAAGUGGCGGUGGCAGGGAUGGCGGAGGAGGCGGAAAGAGCACUGCAGAAGGGCCGGGAUGUUGUCAUCAUGACGUCUCGAGAGCUGAUCACGGGCUCAGACCCGGCCAGCAGUCUGGAGAUCGGGUGGAGAGUGAGCGAGGCGGUGGUGGAAGUUGUGAGGGCGAUCGGUGUGCGCCCCAAGUACAUUCUCACUAAGGGUGGCAUCACAUCGUCCGACGUGGCAACCAAGGCGCUGGGAGUGGGGAGGGCGAGGGUGGAGGGGCAGGCCAUGGCAGGCGUGCCGCUGUGGCGCCUCGAUGAUGCCUCCGGGUUCCCCGACCUACCCUACAUCGUCUUUCCAGGCAAUGUCGGAUCAUCCUCAUCUCUCGCAGAUGUGGUGCAGCGCUGGCGCCAGCCGAUCACCCCGCCUCUACUGACCACAUUAGACCUAGUGCGCGCAGCAGCAGAGGGCGGGUAUGCAGUGGGGGCGUUCAACGUGUAUAACCUCGAGGGGGUGCGGGCCGUGGUGCGGGGAGCAGAGGAGGAGAGAAGCCCAGCUAUUAUUCAGCUGCAUCCCUCGGCCAUCCAUCACGGGGGAGAGCCCCUCAUGGCAGCGAGCCGAGCAGAUGUGGCAAUUGUUUCUUUCUCCAUUGCCACUCAUGCCAUCCGACACGGGGGGGAGCCCCUCAUGGCAGCAAGCCGAGCAGCAGCCAUGGCUGCACGUGUGCCCAUCGCCUUGCACCUCGACCAUGCCACGGACGUGGGCCUUAUUCAGCGAUGUGUGGAGCAGGUGCGUGUGCCCAUAGUGCUGUGUGGAGGGGAGGUGCCGUCCAUCAUGGCGGACGGCUCUUAUCUACCCCUUGCGGACAACAUCGCCUUCACGCAACGCGUUGUGGCUGCCCUCGCUGCCCUCAUCACUCCAGCAGCAGCGGAUGCACCAGGGGCGGCGAGAAUAGCACGCGGUGGGGGAGGGGCAGUGGUGGUGGAGGCGGAGGUGGGGCGGAUAGCGGGGGUGGAGGAUGGGGAGACGGUUGAGGAGAUUGCUGGCAGGCUCACCCAGGUUGAACAGCCCCAUUCUCCCUCUUUCCUUCCACACUCAACCCGGAUCUUCCCGUUCCUCCCUCCCUUGCCCAUGCAGGCCGAGACCUUCCUUGAAAGCGUUCCCCAGGUGUCUCUCCUCGCAGUAUGUGUGGGCAACCGGCACGGCCCCUACCCACCCUCCCUCCUCUCCACCCCCGCCUCCAUCCUCAACUUCCCUCUCCUCCGCUCCCUCGCUGCCACCGCCUCAAACCACCACGCCCACCUGGUGCUGCACGGCGCCUCGGGAUUGCCGCCCGAGAUUGUACAGGACUUGCAUGUGUGGGAGAAGGGAGUGUGGGAGAGGGGAGUGUGGGAGAAGGGAGUUUAA